AUGCCAAUAAAGCUUAUUGCAGCUGCAAAUGAUUUGAAUUUUGGGGUUGAGUACUUUCCAGACAAGUACAUAUUGAAACGAUGGCUUCAAAGUGCAAAAUGCGGUGUAGUAUAUGAUAAGAAUGACAAAGAAGUUAAAGAUUGCGUUGAUGGUUUGCUUUUGGUUAAAAGAUCGAAAGUUUGCAAAGUUGCAAGUGAUUUGAUUGAUUCGGCUUUGUUUUGUGAUGAAGGUUUUGAGUUGCUGGAAAAAUCUUUUAACGACAUUCGUGGGAAGCUUACAAGGUUGGUGUCAUCAAGAGCUCAUGUCGAAGAAGAACCCGAUGAAGAGGUCUUUGCUAGUUCUCCCCAAAUGAGAAUCAAAUAUCCACAUCAAGUCAAAGUAAAAGGCCGUGUGAAAAGAGUUAAACGACAAAAAGAGAAGGCAACAAAAUGA